CACGACUCACGCCCUCUACUCGAACAAAUACGCCAAACGGAAAUAAAUGACACAUGCGUCGAUGCGAUUGAAGUUCCGUGCGGUAUCCGCAAUCCGGUGUGUUUAAAUACGGUUUGUUUGCUGCAAACUGAAAAUUUGAUUGUAUCACACAGCAUUUCAAUGGAUAACCUGAAAACUCGACAAUACUUUUGUUUUUGUUGACUAUAUGCUAUUUUUAUUUUUGAAAUAGCAAAUUAUGUAAUUAAGUUCGCAGUAUUACGCUGAUAGCGUAAUUUAUAUCAAAUAAAAUUAUGUUCUAUAUUCAACCACCAAAAGGCUUGGUUACAUUACACACUUUAGAGGAAAUAGUUUUUUCUCGAGUAGAGUAUUUAAAUGCCCUAGAUAAUGAAAAAGAUGAAGUUUUCAAUGGGAAAUUUGAGUAUCUAUUAGAAGGUUCACCGCAUGACUACGUAGGCCACUUUACGUUAAGACUAAUUACAUCUAAAUCCAAUGAAUCGUUUUCACAAUGGCUGAGUAAAGAGAUCUUGCUUUUGAAAAAAAGAUUGUCUUUGAUACAUCCAAGACAGUUGUUCAGAUUAUUAAAAACAAUUCGAAGGCAUGUUAGAAGACGAGAGAACUGCAAAAAUCCUGUCGAUGAUAUUCUUAUAGAAAUCAGUUCAUUUUAUUUGACUCCAAAAGCUUUCAAGCAUAUCAUUUCAAAACAUCAUUCUAAGAACUGCACUAAAUAUUACCAUAAAAUUGAUUUUGUUUUAAUACCUGAUCUAGUUGAAGAAAGAUCUGUUGAGUUGUAUAGAGGCUUUGCUACUGUUUACUGUUCACAAUGGAAAGACCUCCUUCAAUCUUUAUUUCAAACAUUUAUAGUUUUAGAAAUGAAGAAUCAAAGUGCAUUGAUGCAUCACCUCUUAGCAGAUCCACGCUUGGAUACAAUACAUCGAAAACUUUUUCAUGGUUCAUACACAAAAAGCUACAGCAGUGGAAAAAUUACGGCAUUGAAUAUAGACAACGAAGCAUUUAACUUUCCCCCUUGUAUGUACCACUUGCACUUGGAACUAAGACGUAAACAUCGUUUAAGUCAUUAUGCACGUUUUUACUAUACACUAUUUCUGAAAGAGUGUGGAAUGAACUUAGAAGAUGCUUUGAUUUAUUGGAAAAAUGAAUAUUCCAAGCCACAUAGCUGUACAUCUCUUUGUGUUCAUGAUUGGCAAACAGAUGCCAAGAAAUUCACAUACAGUAUUAGACACAUGUAUGGUUUAGAGGGAGGACGAAAAAAUUACAAAACUCCGAAUUGCCGCGGUAUUUGCGAGCAAGUUCCUGGAUCAAAUUAUGAAGGGGGUUGUCCAUUUAGUAAUUUUGAUACAGACUCCCUACGAUACUUACUACAAAAGUCAAUAAAUGGAAGUGAACUAGACCAAAUUAUGGCGGUCGCACCAAAACAGAAACCUCAAGACACAUGUGCAAACUUUUUCAAACUGAAAAGUGCUACCUGUGUAAGUGAUAUUACUAUUACCAAACCUGUUCAGUAUUAUUUAGCAAUGAGAGACCUUAAUUAAUUAAUUUAUAUAUUUUAUAUACAAUCAAUUUUUUAACUGUAAAUUUUUAUUCUUUGAACAUUUUUUUUUUAAUCAAUUAUAGUUUUUUAAUAAAUAAGUUAUUAUCUAUUUGCGAAAUUAGAAAAAAUAUCUACAUGAAUUUAUCAUCUAAACAUCAUUUACAUUAUCUUUUCUUAGCAAACUGAUUCAGGCCAUCUUGUAUCACUUUAUGUGUAACUCCAUUCCUUACUAAUAUUGACAAAACCCCUACUUCAGUUAAAUCACUGAUAUUCCUCUGCUCAUCAUCAAAAAAUAUCAUAUCUUUGUAUUCAACACCAGAGGCAUUUUUUAUCCUAAAAAAGAACAGAAAUUGAUACUUCAUAUACUAUACAUUCAAAAUCAUAAAAAAAUCGUAAAUAAUUUACUUGGAAAAAUGUGUAGUCUUAGUGCCAGGAUAUAUCUCUUUGUACUUUAUGUAUUUGUUCCAUCCAAACAAGUCCAACAGCUGAUUUGCUCCUCUAAUUUCUGAUGUUCUGGAGGCAAUUCCAAUUUCAUAUCCUUCUUCACUCAAUUGCUUAAAUAUUUCAGGUGAAUGUGGAUAAUACCGUACUGUUUGGCCAUGAGCAUCAACUAUUUUAUUG